AUGCCCUUCAUUCCUAGGAUUCCAUCACGGGUAACACGGCUUAUUAUACCAGCCGUUCACUCACUCCCAGCUCCACAUAUCCAACCUCACUACAAUGGAAAGCACAGCACAGGGACUUAUACUGGGUUUCAAAGGCGGAUUUCCCAGUAUCAACAACCACUAGAGCAUCCUAAAAUCGUUCACUUACCCCGCCCACAAGAAAUCGAGUACGCUGAUGCAGCAGUCCGUGCAGUGGUACAUGAAAACGUAAACGAGGCCCUCGCUGCAGGGAAUAACGUCCAUAUCAACGAAGAUGGGUCAAAAGUUUAUCUCUACAAACAGAGUGAUGGCAAGGAAGUGUUGGUGACCGUUGCUGUCGUUGGUGAAGGCGUGGCAGGCGUUGGUACUACGGUAGCCACAGGCGCUGUUGAGAAGGAAUAUAUGACCCGGACUGGCUUAACCACGCUCGCCUCAACUGAGGCAGUAUUGUUGGUGGUGCUCUCAAUCAUGAUGAUAUGGUUAUGCUACCGCCACCGCUGUGAGAAGAAGAAGUUCCAACAGAAGUAUAUUUCAAAUGACCACCCAGAUAAAAUACCGACUGAUGAACCGUGGUUCGUUGACGACAUUGAGGCUGCGACCCAGGCAAAAUAA